GAAAGAGGCAGUGCUCCGCCGCAGCUCCCGGCUGCAACUCUGAAACUGGGCUGCUGGCUGCCUGGACAUGUCCUGACAAACUUGGCUUCCCUUCGGCCCUCUCGCCAGCCCUCGCGCACUCUCCUUUCGCCUCCUUUUGGUGCUGAAGUUUCACGCAGGACGGACGCCUCUGGAGAUGUGGCCACCUGGGUCCGGGCAGCGGGGGUGGUUCGCACUAUCGUUGGGGACAUGCUGAAGAUCCGAGGGAGGCAAAGUUGGUACUUCAGACGCGGUUUUUAACACAUACCCGAACAGCGUGGGGAUUACGGAGCUGCCCACGACUUGAAAGCGAAGCACCGAGGACUCUGCUGAAGUGGUUCCUGAGAGGCAAGCGAUGGGGAGGCAUCUGGCCCGGCUUCUGCUCCCGCUCCUCCUCCUCCAGCAUUUUGGAGACAGUGAUGGGACGCAAACACUUGAACAGACUCCUCUCCAGUUUACACAUUUCCAAUACAACGUCACUGUGCAUGAAAACUCUGCAGCCAAGACCUACGUUGGGCAUCCUGUAAAGAUGGGUAUUUUCAUUUCAAAUCCACUGUGGGAAUUAAGGUACAAAAUUGUCUCAGGAGACAAUGAAAACCUAUUCAAAGCAGAAGAAUACAUCCUUGGAGACUUUUGCUUUCUAAGAAUAAGGACCAAAGGAGGAAAUACAGCUAUUCUUAAUAGGGAAGUGAAAGACCAUUACACAUUAAUAGUCAAAGCAGUUGAAAAAAAUACUAAUGCUGAAGCCCGAACAAAGGUCAGGGUGCAAGUGCUGGAUACAAAUGACUUGAGACCACUCUUCUCACCCACCUCCUACAGCGUUUCUUUACCGGAAAACACAGCCAUAAGGACCAGUAUUGCAAGAGUCAGUGCCACGGAUGCAGACAUAGGAACCAAUGGAGAGUUUUACUACAGUUUUAAAGACCGAACAGACAUGUUUGCUAUUCAUCCAACCAGAGGCACAGUAGUUUUAACUGGUAGACUUGAUUAUGCAGAGACCAACCUCUAUGAGAUGGAAAUUCUUGCAGUGGACCGGGGAAUGAAAUUGUACGGGAGCAGUGGCGUCAGCAGCAUGGCCAAGCUCACAGUUCAUGUGGAGCAGGCCAACGAGUGUGCCCCUGUGAUAACAGCUGUGACAUUAUCACCCUCAGAAAUGGACAAGGACCCAACAUACGCAGUUGUAACAGUGGACGACUGUGACCAGGGUGUCAACGGGGAGAUAGCGUCCUUGAGCAUUGUGGCCGGUGAUCUCCUUCAGCAGUUUAGAACAGUGAGGUCUUCUCCAGGGAGUAAAGAAUUCAAAGUCAAAGCCAUUGGUGGUAUUGAUUGGGACAGUCGUCCUUUUGGCUACAAUCUGACACUACAGGCUAAAGAUAAAGGAACUCCUCCCCACUUCUCUACUAUAAAAGUAAUUCAUGUGACUUCUCCCCAGUUCAAAGCUGGGCCGGUCAGGUUUGAAAAGGAUGUUUACAGAGCAGAAAUAAGUGAAUUUGCCCCUUCGAACACACCUGUGGUCAUUGUAAAAGCCACACCUAGUUAUUCUCAUUUGAGGUAUGUUUUCAAAAGUACCCCCGGGAAAGCUAAAUUCAGUUUAAAUCACAACACUGGCCUCAUUUCCAUUUUAGAACCAAUUAAAAGGCAGCAGGCAGCCCAUUUUGAACUUGAAGUCACGACAAGUGACCGAAGAGCCUCAACCAGGGUCUUGGUUAAAGUCUUAAGUGCAAAUAGCAACUCCCCCGAAUUUACCCAGACUACGUACAAAGCAUCUUUCAAUGAGAACGUGCCCAUUGGUACUACUGUCCUGAGUAUGAGUGCUGUGGACCCUGAUGAGGGGGAGAAUGGGUACGUGACUUACAGUAUUGCCAAUUUAAACCAUGUGCCAUUUGUGAUUAACCAUUUCACCGGUGCCGUGAGUACCUCCGAAAACUUGGACUAUGAGCUGAUGCCUCGGGUUUAUACUCUAAGGAUUCGAGCGUCAGACUGGGGCUUGCCGUACCGCCGGGAAGUUGAAGUCCUUGCUACCCUUACUCUUAAUAACUUGAAUGACAACACACCCUUGUUUGAGAAAAUAAAUUGUGAAGGAACCAUCCCCAGGGACCUAGGUGUCGGAGAGCAAAUAACUACUGUUUCUGCUAUUGAUGCUGAUGAACUUCAGUUGGUACGGUACCAGAUUGAAGCUGGAAACGAACUAGACUUGUUUAGCUUAAACCCCAACUCUGGAGUAUUGUCGUUAAAGCGAUCACUAAGUGAUGUCUUAGAUGCAAAGGCGUCCUUUCACAGUCUGAGAAUUACAGCCACAGAUGGAGAAAACUUUGCCACGUCAUUAUAUAUCAACAUAACCGUGGCUGCCAGCCGCAAGCCAGUAAACUUGCAAUGUGAAGAGACUGGCGUCGCCAAAAUGCUGGCAGAGAAACUCCUGCAGGCAAAUAAGUUACACCAUCAGGCCGAGGUCGAGGAUAUUUUCUUUGAUUCUCACUCUGUCAAUGCUCACACACCACAGUUUAGAAGUACUCUUCCAAGUGGUAUUGCGGUAAAGGAAAACCAUCCUGUAGGUUCCAGCAUCAUUCUCAUAAAUGCUACUGACCUGGACACUGGCUUCAAUGGAAAACUGGUCUAUGCUAUUUCUGGAGGAAAUGAGGAUAGUUGCUUCGUUAUUGACAUGGAAACAGGAAUGCUAAAAGUUUUAUCUCCUCUUGACCGAGAAACAAGGGAUGAAUAUACCCUGAAUAUCACAGUGUCCGACCUUGGGAUACCACAGAGGGCCGUGUGGCGUCUUCUAGAUGUCACACUUCUGGAUGCCAAUGAUAAUCCACCCGAGUUUUUACAGGAGAGUUAUUUUGUUGAAGUGAGUGAAGACAAAGAGCUAAACAGUGAAAUCAUCCAGGUUGAAGCCACAGAUAAAGAUCUGGGGCCAAAUGGACAUGUGACAUACUCCAUUCUGACAGAUACAGAUAAAUUUUCAAUUGACAGCAUGACUGGGGUCGUUAAAGUUGUAAACUCCUUGGAUCGUGAAGCACAGCAUAUCCAUUACUUAAAGAUUGAAGCCCGGGAUCAAGCCACAGAAGAACCUCCGUUACUUUCCACUGUCAUUUUGAAAAUAUCGUUAGAGGAUGUUAAUGACAACCCACCCAGGUUCAUUCCACCUAAUUAUCGGGUCAAAGUGCGAGAGGACCUUCCAGAAGGAGCCAUAAUCAUGUGGCUGGAGGCCUAUGAUCCUGAUUUAGGUCAGUCUAGUCAAGUGAGGUACAGUCUGAUGGACCACGGAGAGGGAAACUUUGACGUGGAUAAACUCAGUGGAGCGGUGAGAAUUUUACAGCAGUUGGACUUUGAGAAGAAGCAAGUCUAUAAUCUCACUGUGAGGGCCAAAGACAAAGGGAAGCCAGUUUCUCUGUCUUCCACUUGCUAUGUUGAAGUUGAGGUCAUAGAUGUGAAUGAAAACUUACACCCACCAGUGUUUUCCAGCUUUGUGGAAAAGGGUGUCGUGAAAGAAGAUGUCCCUGUUGGCUCAUCAGUGAUGACAGUGUCUGCUCAUGAUGAGGACACCGGAAGAGAUGGGGAGAUCCGCUAUUCCAUUAGAGAUGGUUCUGGUGUCGGUGUUUUCAAGAUAGAUGAAGAAACAGGGGUCAUAGAGACUUCGGACCGACUUGACCGCGAGUCAACCUCCCAUUACUGGCUAACAGUCUAUGCAACCGAUCAGGGGGUUGUGCCUCUAGCCUCAUUUAUAGAGAUCUACAUAGGGGUUGAGGAUGUCAAUGACAAUGCGCCACAGACCUCGGAGCCGGUAUAUUACCCAGAAGUAAUGGAAAAUUCUCCCAAGGAUGUAUCUGUAGUCCAGAUUGAGGCGUUUGAUCCAGAUUCUAGCUCGAAUGACAGGCUGACAUACAAAAUUACAAGUGGAAAUCCACAAGGAUUCUUUUCAAUACAUCCUAAAACAGGUCUCAUCACAGCUACAUCAAGGAAACUAGACCGAGAGCAGCAAGAGGAACACAUAUUAGAAGUUACUGUGACAGACAAUGGCAGUCCCCCUAAAGCAACCAUUGCAAGAGUAAUUGUGAAAAUCCUCGAUGAAAAUGACAACAAGCCUCAGUUCCUGCAAAAGUUCUACAAAAUCAGACUCCCAGAGCGGGAAAAACCGGAACGAGAAAGAAAUGCCAAGCGUGAGCCUAUAUAUCGUGUUAUAGCUACAGACAAAGAUGAAGGGCCCAAUGCAGAAAUCUCCUAUAGCAUCGAAGAUGGAAAUGAACACGGCAAAUUUUUUAUUGAGCCAAAAACUGGAGUGGUUUCGUCCAAGAAGUUUUCUGGAGCUGGAGAAUAUGAUAUUCUUUCAAUUAAGGCAGUGGAUAAUGGUCGCCCCCAAAAGUCAUCAACCACACGACUCCACAUUGAAUGGAUCCCCAAACCCAAACCAUCCCUGGAGCCAAUUUCAUUUGAAGAAUCAUUUUUCACCUUUACUGUGAUGGAAAGUGAUCCAGUUGCUCACAUGAUUGGGGUAAUAUCUGUUGAACCUCCAGGCAUACCUCUUUGGUUUGACAUCAUUGGAGACACUCUUGCUAGAGAAGUGUUUUACAUCUUUCAGAUGACUUGUGACCCGAACUGUACAGCAGAAGGUGGCAACUAUGACAGUCACUUUGAUGUGGACAAGGGCACAGGAACCAUCAUUGUUGCCAAGCCUCUUGAUGCAGAGCAGAAAUCAAACUAUAACCUCACAGUCGAAGCUACAGAUGGAAGCACCGCUAUACUUACUCAGGUAUUCAUCAAGGUAAUAGAUACUAAUGACCAUCGUCCUCAGUUUUCUACAUCAAAAUAUGAAGUUGUUAUUCCAGAAGAUACCAUGCCACAAACAGAAAUUUUGCAAAUCAGUGCUAUGGAUAAGGAUGAGAAAAACAAACUAAUCUAUACUCUGCAAAGCAGUAUUGAUCCAUUGAGUCUCAAGAAAUUUCGUCUUGAUCCCGCAACCGGCUCUCUGUAUACUUCUGAAACGCUUGAUCAUGAAGCCAUUCACCAGCAUGUUCUUACAGUCAUGGUACGCGAUCAAGAUGUCCCUGUGAAGCGCAACUUUGCACGGAUUGUUGUCAAUGUCAGUGACACGAAUGACCACGCGCCCUGGUUCACGAGCUCCUCCUACGAAGGGCGGGUUUAUGAAUCAGCAGCUCUGGGCUCCGUUGUGUUGCAGGUUACAGCUCUGGACAAGGACAAAGGGAAAAAUGCAGAAGUGCUGUACUCUAUUGAAUCAGGAAAUAUUGGAAAUUCUUUUACAAUUGAUCCCAUCUUGGGCUCCAUAAAAACUGCCAAAGAAUUAGAUCGAAGUAACCAAGUGGAAUACGAUUUAAUGGUGAAAGCUACAGAUAAAGGCAGUCCACCAAUGAGUGAAAUAACUUCUGUGCAUAUCUUCGUCACAAUUGCUGACAAUGCCUCUCCUAAGUUCACAUCCAAAGAAUAUUCUGUUGAAAUUAGUGAAACUGUGAGCCCUGGGAGUUUUGUCGGGAUGGUUACAGCCCACAGUCAAUCAUCAGUCAUCUAUGAAAUAAAAGAUGGAAAUGCAGCUGAUGCUUUUGAUAUUAACCCACAUUCUGGAAGCAUCAUCACUCAGAAGGCCCUGGAUUUUGAAACUUUGCCCCUUUAUACAUUGAUAAUACAAGGAACUAACAUGGCUGGUUUGUCUACAAAUACAACUGUUCUAGUGCAUCUGCAGGAUGAAAAUGACAACGUGCCGGUUUUUAUGCAGGCAGAAUACACAGGACUCAUUAGUGAAUCGGCUUCAAUCAACAGUGUGGUCCUAACAGACAGGAAUGUUCCAUUAGUGAUCCGAGCAACCGAUGCUGAUAGGGAAUCAAAUGCUCUGCUUGUUUAUCACAUUGUUGAACCAUCUAUACACAAAUAUUUUGCUAUUGAUUCUAGCACUGGUGCUAUUCAUACGGUCCUAAGUUUGGACUAUGAAGAAACUAGUACUUUUCACUUCACUGUACAAGUGCAUGACAUGGGAACGCCACAUUUGUUUGCUGAGUAUGCAGCUAAUGUGACUGUCCGUGUAAUUGACAUUAAUGACUGCCCUCCUGUGUUCCCCAAAUCAUUCUAUGAAGCAUCUCUUUUGUUGCCAACCUACAAAGGAGUAAAAGUCAUCACAGUGAAUGCUACUGAUGCUGAUUCAAGUGCAUUCUCACAGUUAAUGUACUCCAUCACUGAAGGCAACAUCGGGGAGAAGUUUUCGAUGGACUAUAAGACUGGUACUAUAACUGUACAAAACACAACUCAGUUGCGAAGCCGCUAUGAGUUAACCAUUCGAGCUUCUGAUGGCAGGUUUAUAAGCCUCACCUCCGUGAAAAUCCAUGUGAGAGAAAGCAAAGAAAGCCAACUAAAGUUUACCCAAGAUUUCUACUCUGCGACAGUCAAAGAGAAUUCUACUGAGGUCAGAACACUCGCUGUCAUUACAGCAAUUGGGAACCCAAUCAAUGAGCCUUUGUUUUACCAUAUCCUCAACCCAGAUCGCAGAUUUAAAAUAAGCCGGACUUCAGGAGUUCUGUCCACCACUGGUAUACCAUUUGAUCGUGAGCGGCAGGAGGCAUUUGAUGUGGUGGUACAAGUGACGCAAGAACAUAAGCCGUCAGCAGUGGCCCAUGUAGUUGUGAAGGUCACCGUAGAAGACCAAAAUGAUAAUGCACCAGUGUUUGUCAACCUGCCUUACUAUGCUGUUGUUAAAGUGGAUACUCUGGUGGGCCAGAUUAUUCGCUGUGUGACUGCUGUAGAUAGAGACAGUGGCCGAAAUGGGGAAGUGCAUUACUACCUUAAGGAACAUCACGAGCACUUUCAAGUUGGAGCCACAGGUGAAAUUUCACUGAAAAAGCAGUUUGAACCUGACACCUUAAAUAAAGAAUAUCUCGUCACAGUGGUUGCAAAAGAUGGAGGGAACCCAGCCUUUUCGGCUGAAGUUAUCGUUCCAAUCACAGUCAUGAAUAAAGCCAUGCCUGUGUUUGAGAAACCUUUCUACAGUGCAGAGGUUCCAGAGAACAUCCAGACACACAGCCCAGUGGUCCACAUACAAGCCAACAGCCCAGAAGGGCCGAAAGUGUUCUACAGCAUCACGGAUGGAGAUCCUUUUAGCCAGUUCACUAUUAACUUCAACACUGGAGUUAUCAAUGUCAUAGCUCCCCUGGAUUUCGAGGCCCACCCAGCAUAUAAACUGAGCAUACGAGCAACUGACUCCUUGACGGGUGCUCAUGCGGAAGUAUUUGCUGACAUCAUAGUGGAAGACAUCAAUGAUAACCCGCCCGUGUUCGUUCAGCAGUCGUACACUGCAACCCUGUCUGAGGCAUCCGUCAUUGGAGCGUCUGUCGUCCAAGUGAGAGCAACAGAUUCUGAUUCUGAACCCAACAGAGGCAUUUCCUACCAUGUGCUUGGGAAUCACAGCAAGAGUCAUGAUCAUUUUCACCUGGAUCGCAGCACAGGUCUCAUCUCACUAGUCAGUACUUUGGAUUAUGAGCAGUUACAGCAGCACACGAUUUUUGUAAGGGCUGUUGAUGGCGGCAUGCCCCCGCUGAGCAGUGAUGUGAUUGUCACAGUGGACGUCACUGACCUCAAUGAUAAUCCACCACUAUUUGACCAACAGAUUUAUAAAGCCCAAAUAAGCGAGUAUGCCGCUCAUGGACAUUUCGUGACCUGUGUAAAAGCCUAUGAUGCAGAUAGCUCAGACACAGACAGGUUGGAAUAUUCGAUUCUGUCUGGCAACGAUCAUAAGAAUUUUGUCAUAGACAGCAAAACGGGGAUUAUCACACUCUCAAACCUGCGCCGGCAUACCUUGAAGCCAUUUUACAGUCUUAACAUUUCUGUUUCCGAUGGAGUUUUCAGAAGUUCAGCCCAGGUUCAUGUAACUGUAAUUGGAGGCAAUUUGCACAGUCCUGUUUUUCCUCAGAAUGAAUAUGAAGUGGAGCUUGCUGAAAAUGCUCCCUUACACACCCUGUUGAUUGAGGUUAAAGCAACUGAUGGGGAUUCUGGUAUUUACGGCCACAUCACUUACCAUAUUGUGAAUGAUUUUGCCAGGGACAGAUUUUACACAAAUGAGAGAGGACAGAUAUUUACUCUGGAGAAACUUGACCGAGAAACCCCAGCGGAGAAAGUCAUCGCAGUCCGUUUAAUGGCUAAGGAUGCUGGAGGGAAAGUUGCUUUCUGCACCAUUAAUGUCAUCCUUACAGAUGACAAUGAUAAUGUGCCACAGUUUCGAGCAACCAAGUAUGAAGUGGACAUCGGGUCCAGUGCUCCCAAAGGGACAUCAGUUGUUAAGAUUCUCGCAAGUGAUGCUGAUGAGGGCUCCAGUGCCGAUGUCACCUAUGCCAUCGAAGCCGAUUCUGAAAGUGUUAAAGAGAACUUGGAAAUUAACAAACUGUCUGGCGUAAUUACUACAAGGGAAAGCUUAAUCGGCUUAGAAAAUGAGUUCUUCACCUUCUUUGUUAGAGCUGUGGAUAACGGGUCUCCGCCAAAAGAAUCUGUUGUUCCCGUCUAUGUUAAAAUACUUCCCCCAGAAAUUCAGCUUCCAAAAUUCUCAGAACCAUUUUAUACCUAUACAGUUUCAGAAGACAUGCCUAUUGGAACAGAAAUAGAUCUCAUCCGAGCAGAACACAGUGGGGCUAUUAUUUACAGUCUAAUCAAAGGGAAUACUCCCGAAAGUAAUAGGGAUGAGUUCUUUGUGAUUGACAGACAGAGUGGGAGACUGAAACUGGAGAAGAGCCUCGAUCACGAGACAACUAAGUGGUACCAGUUUUCCAUACUUGCCCGGAGCACUCAUGAUGACUAUGAGGUGGUGGCAUCUGUAGAUGUUAGUAUCCAAGUGAAAGAUGCAAAUGAUAACAGCCCUGUCCUGGAGUCCAGCCCAUAUGAGGCAUAUAUUGUUGAAAACCUGCCAGGGGGAAGUAGAGUCAUCCAGGUCCGGGCAUCUGAUCUCGAUUCAGGAACUAAUGGCCAAGUUAUGUACAGUCUGGAUCAGUCACAAAGUGUAGAAGUCAUCGAAUCUUUUGCCAUUAACAUGGAAACAGGCUGGAUUACAACCCUCAAGGAACUUGACCAUGAAAAGAGAGACAAUCACCAGAUUAAAGUGAUUGCAUCCGAUCAUGGCGAGAAGGUUCAGCUGUCCUCCACAGCCAUCGUAGACGUGACUGUCACUGACGUCAACGAUAAUCCCCCACGAUUCACAGCGGAGAUCUAUAAGGGGACCGUGAGUGAAGAUGAUCCGCCAGGUGGUGUGAUCGCCAUUCUGAGUACCACAGAUGCUGAUUCUGAAGAGAUCAACAGACAAGUGACAUAUUACAUAACAGGAGGGGACCCUUUGGGGCAGUUUGCUGUUGAAAAUAUACAGAAUGAAUGGAAAGUCUAUGUGAAGAAACCUCUAGAUAGGGAAAAAAGGGACAAUUAUCUUCUUACUAUCACAGCCACUGAUGGGACCUUCUCCUCCAAAGCUAUAGUUGAAGUAAAAGUUCUUGAUGCCAAUGACAACAGCCCGGUUUGUGAAAAGACUUUAUAUUCAGACACAAUUCCAGAAGAUGUCUUUCCUGGGAAACUGAUCAUGCAGGUCUCUGCUACAGACGCAGAUAUCCGGUCCAACGCUGAAAUUACUUACACAUUAUUUGGUCCAAGUGCAGAAAAAUUCAAACUAAAUCCAGACACAGGUGAACUUAAAACAUUAGUGCCCCUGGACCGCGAGGAGCAAGCAGUCUAUAAUCUCCUAGUGAAGGCCACAGAUGGAGGCGGGAGAUUCUGUCAAGCUCACAUUGUGCUCACGUUAGAAGAUGUGAAUGACAACGCCCCCGAGUUCUCUGCUGACCCUUACACCAUUACUGUGUUCGAGAACACAGAACCUGGAACACCGCUGACACGAGUGCAGGCCACAGACGCGGACGCAGGGUUCAAUCGGAAGCUAGCCUACUCACUGAUUAACUCUGCUGACGGACAUUUCUCCAUUAAUGAACUGUCUGGAAUUAUUCAGUUGGAAAAGCCUCUGGAUAGAGAGCUACAGGCGGUGUACACCCUCACGUUGAAAGCUGUAGAUCAGGGUUUGCCAAGGAGGUUGACAGCUACCGGCACUGUGGUUGUGUCCGUUUUGGACAUAAAUGACAACCCACCCGUGUUUGAAUACCGUGAGUAUGGUGCCACAGUGUCAGAGGACAUUCUUAUUGGAACAGAAGUCCUUCAAGUGUAUGCAGCCAGUCGGGAUAUUGAAGCAAAUGCAGAAAUCACCUACUCGAUAAUAAGUGGAAACGAGCACGGAAAAUUCAGCAUAGAUUCUAAAACAGGGGCCAUAUUUAUCAUUGAGAAUCUGGACUAUGAAAGCUCUCAUGACUAUUACCUGACUAUAGAAGCUGCUGAUGGAGGCACACCUUCAUUAAGUGAUGUUGCAACUGUGAACAUUAACGUGACAGAUAUCAACGAUAACAGCCCAGUGUUCAGCCAGGACACCUACACAGCAGUGAUCAGCGAAGACGCCGUGCUGGAGCAAUCCGUCAUCACGGUUCUGGCGGAUGACGCUGAUGGGCCCUCAAACAGCCACAUCCGCUAUUCCAUCAUCGGCGGCAAUCAGGGAAGUCCGUUCACAGUUGACCCUACCAGGGGAGAGGUGAAGGUGACAAAACUUCUCGACCGGGAGACGAUUUCAGGUUACACGCUCACAGUUCAGGCGUCUGAUAAUGGCAGCCCCCCCAGAGUCAACACAACGACCGUGAACAUUGAUGUGUCUGAUGUCAACGACAACGCCCCCAUCUUCUCCAAGGGCAACUACAGUGUGAUUAUCCAGGAAAAUAAGCCUGUGGGGUUCAGUGUGCUGCAGCUAGUGGUGGCAGACAAGGAUUCUUCCCAUAACGGCCCUCCCUUCCUCUUCUCCAUUGUGAGUGGGAAUGAGGACAAGGCCUUUGAAGUUAACCAGCAAGGAGUCCUCUUGACCUCAGCUGCCAUAAAGAAGAAUGUGAGAGAUCAUUACUUGCUGCAUGUGAAGGUGGCAGAUAAUGGAAAGCCUCCAUUGUCAUCGUUGACGUAUAUUGACAUUAGGGUUAUUGAGGAGAGCAUCUAUCCUCCUGCCAUCUUGCCGCUAGAGAUUUUCAUUACUGCUUUUGGAGAGGAAUACUCGGGUGGUGUCAUUGGGAAGAUUCAUGCCACAGAUCAAGAUGUGUAUGACACUUUAACCUACAGUCUUGAUCCCCAAAUGGACAGCCUCUUCUCUGUGUCCAGCACAGGCGGCAAGCUGAUAGCACACAAAAAGCUAGAUAUAGGGCAGUACCUUCUCAACGUCAGCGUAACGGAUGGGAAAUUCACAACGGUGGCUGACAUCACGGUGCACAUCAGACAGAUCACACAGGAGAUGUUGAACCACACCAUUGCCAUCCGCUUUGCCAACCUCACUCCAGAAGAAUUUGUUGGUGAUUACUGGCGCAACUUCCAGAGAGCUCUACGGAACAUCUUAGGCGUGAGGAGGAACGACGUACAGAUCAUUAGUCUGCAGCCUUCUGAACCUCAUCCACACCUGGAUGUCUUGCUCUUUGUAGAGAAAUCAGGUAGUGCCCAGGUUUCCACAAAACAACUUCUGCACAAGAUUAAUUCUUCCGUGACUGAUAUUGAGGAAAUCAUUGGUGUCAGGAUAUCGGAUGUGUUCCAGAAGCUCUGUGCAGGCUUGGAUUGCCCUCGGAAGUUCUGCGAUGAAAGGGUGUCUGUGGAUGAAGACGUCAUGUCGACGCACAGCACGGCUCGUCUGAGCUUUGUGACUCCCCGCCACCGUAGAACAGCUGUGUGUCUCUGCAGAGAGGGAAAAUGCCCACCUGUCCAUCAUGGAUGUGAAGACAGUCCAUGCCCCGAAGGAUCUGAAUGUGUCACCGGCCCCAGAGAGGAGAAGUACACCUGUGUCUGCCCAGGUGGUGGGUUUGGGCAGUGCCCAGGGACUUCAUCUGUAACAUUCACUGGCAACAGCUAUGUGAAAUACCGUCUCAUGGACAACGAAAACAAAUUAGAGAUGAAAAUGACCAUGAGACUCAGAACAUAUUCUACUCACGCAGUUGUGAUGUAUGCUCGGGGCACUGACUACAGCAUCUUGGAGAUUCAUAAUGGAAGACUGCAAUACAAAUUCGACUGCGGGAGUGGCCCUGGGAUUGUCUCUGUUCAAAGCAUUCAAGUCAGUGAUGGGCUCUGGCAUGCGGUGUCUCUCGAAGUGAAUGGAAACUAUGCUAGAUUGGUUCUAGACCAAGUCCACACUGCGUCAGGCACAGCCCCAGGGACUCUGAAAACCCUAAACCUGGACAACCAUGUGUUUUUUGGUGGCCACAUCCGCCAGCAAGGCACAAGGCAUGGGAGGAGCCCUCAGGUCGGUAACGGUUUCAGGGGCUGCAUGGACUCCAUUUAUUUGAAUGGGCAGGAACUCCCUUUAAAUAACAAACCGAGAAGCUACGCGCACAUCGAAGAAUCAGUGGAAGUCUCUCCUGGUUGCUUGUUAACAGCUACGGAGGACUGCUCAAGUAACCCUUGCCAGAAUGGAGGCAUUUGCAAUCCAUCACCCACUGGAGGUUAUUACUGCAAAUGCAGUGCCGUACACAUAGGGACUUUCUGUGAGGUGAGCGUCAAUCCGUGUUCCUCCAACCCAUGCCUUUAUGGUGGCACCUGCAUCGUAGACAAUGGAGACUUCGUUUGCCAGUGUCGGGGAUUAUAUACCGGUCAGAGGUGCCAGCUCAGUCCGUACUGCAAAGAUGAACCCUGUAAAAAUGGCGGGACCUGUUUUGACAGUUUGGAUGGUGCCGUCUGCCAGUGUGAUUCAGGUUUCAGGGGAGAAAGGUGUCAGAGUGACAUUGACGAAUGUGCUGGAAACCCCUGCCAAAACGGGGCCCCUUGUGAGAACACACACGGCUCGUAUCACUGUAACUGCAGCCAGGAGUACAGAGGGAGACACUGCGAGGCCACCGCCCCCAAUCAGUAUGUGUCCAGCCCCUGGAACAUCGGACUGGCCGAGGGACUAGGGAUUGUUGUUUUUGUCGUGGGGAUAUUUCUACUCGUGACGGUGUUUGUCCUCUGCCGCAAGAUGAUUAAUCGAAAGAGGAAACACCAGGCCGAGCCAGAAGACAAACGCUUAGGACCAGCCACCGCCUUCUUGCAAAGACCAUACUUUGAUUCAAAGCUCAAUAAGAACAUUUACUCAGACAUACCACCCCAGGUGCCUGUGCGUCCCAUUUCCUACACUCCCAGCAUCCCAAGUGACUCUAGAAACAAUCUGGACCGGAAUUCCUUUGAAGGAUCUGCCAUCCCAGAGCAUCCUGAAUUCAGUACCUUCAACCCCGAGUCUGUGCACGGACACCGGAAAGCCGUGGCCGUCUGCAGCGUGGCCCCUAACCUGCCUCCCCCUCCUCCUUCAAACUCUCCUUCUGACAGUGACUCGAUUCAGAAGCCUAACUGGGACUUCGACUAUGAUACUAAAGUGGUGGAUCUGGACCCCUGCCUCUCCAAGAAACCUUUGGAGGAAAAGCCUUCUCACCCAUACAGCGCCCGGGAGAGCCUGUCCGAGGUGCAGUCCCUUAGCUCCUUCCAGUCUGAGUCGUGCGACGACAAUGCUUCCAUAGUGACUGUAAUACACCUUGUCAAUGCUGUAGUUGACACGGUGAAUAAAAAAGAGUCUUUGGCUGCUCCUGACCUCAGCAAAUCAAGAGGGUAUCACUGGGAUACAUCGGAUUGGAUGCCGAGUGUUCCUCUGGAAGAUAUACAGGAAUUCCCCAACUAUGAGGUCAUUGAUGAGCAGACUCCCCUGUACUCUGCAGACCCAAAUGCCAUCGAUACAGACUAUUACCCCGGAGGCUACGACAUUGAAAGCGACUUUCCACCACCCCCGGAAGACUUCCCCGUGCCUGAUGAACUGCCCCCGUUGCCCCCAGAAUACAGUGAUCAGUUUGAGUCCAUACACCCUCCCAGAGACAUGCCCGCUGCGGGCAGUCUGGGUUCCUCAUCCAGAAACCGGCAGAGGUUCCACCUGAAUCAGUACCUGCCCAAUUUCUAUCCCGUCGAUAUGUCUGAACCUCAAAAGACAGGCGCUGGUGAGCAUAGUACUUGCAGAGAGCCCUACGCCCCUUUCCCUGCAGCCUAUCAGAGAAACUUGGAUGGCCCCGCUGUAGAAAACAUGCCCAUGUCUGUGUACGCCUCCACAGCCUCCUGCUCCGACGUGUCUGCGUGCUGCGAGGGGGAGUCGGAGGUCCUGAUGAGUGACUACGAGAGCGGAGACGACGGCCACUUUGACGAGGUGACGCCCCCGUCCCUGGACUCGCAGCAGCACACGCAAGUCUGACGCGCAGACGCCCCCAAGUGCCUGGACUUCCGCGAACCCGGAGACCGACAGAGACGAUUCUGUGCGCCGCUCCCCCUCUGCGAGCUGCGAUGCGGGGCUGCGCUCAGACCCCGCGUCUCUGGCCGUGCCCUCCGUUCCCCGCGUCUGCGCCUACUGCACCUGGAUGAGAUGGACGUUGGCCCUGCCAUUUCCGAGCACCUUUUCGUAUUCACACUGUCUCUGUUAAAAGUAAUGAAGCAGAAAUCAGCCCUACCAUCUUGUUAGCAUGAUUCAUGUAUUUAUAUAGAUUUGAUUGUUUUAAUUUUCCUGUCCUUUUUUUUGUAAAUUUUAUGUACAGAUUUGAUUUUUUUUUCAUAGUUUGAACUAGAUGUCCAAGAUACUUUAUGCAUUUGCUUUUGAUCGAAUUUUGGUGGUGUUAGUGUCAUUACCUAGCACCCUGAUUUUUUAAUAUAACCAGGGUUUCACCAUAUGUCCUUUUCCACUGAAGUAUGACAUUUCAUGAAUACAUUUCAAUAUAGUCAUUCAUUUCUAGCUGUACAUAAGAUGAGGAAAGAUCUCAUGUCUUCAAUGGGUUGCUGUAUUUUAGAAUUAUAAACAUUUUUCAUUAUUGGAAAGUGUAAUGGGGACCUUCUGCAUUCCUGUUUAGAACCAAAACCACCAUGACACAGUUUUUAUAGUGUCUGUAUAUUUGUGAUGCGAUGGUCUUGUAAAGGUUUUUACUGAAAACUACCAUUAGCCAGUCUUUCUUACUGACAAUAAAUUAUUAAUAAAAUA